UAUUUUACUUGCAGAGCUGCAUGCAAACUUCGAAGUAGACUAUUAAAAUUGUCGACAAUUGCCAAAAAUGGCCAGUCUUUUGAAGCAAGUUCUUACUGGAUCAGAGAAAAGUUGUGCUGUGACCAUUCAUGACACAGUGGAACAUAGUGGAAGAUACUUGAUGAAAUGUUUCUUGAAAGAAAUGGCAGAAAGGGUCGAUGAGAUUCACCUCUUUGCCUUUGACCAAGCCCCUGAUGCUCUCUUGGCUGGAACUGACCCAGAGACAAGGAGAAAGGUCAAAGGUCAUGAUGGAUGGACUGACCCUCAGGGCUGGAAUUCUGAUCGCAACCUGAUAUCUUCCAACUACAACACAGUCCACCUCACAUCGGACAAGGGAUUCGUGGAUCACAUAAAGGAGAGGAAGGAGCCCGGCAGCGGUCAGAUAGCAGUGGUCAUCGACUCCCUCACACCUUACAUCCUCCAUCGGUCAGCCCCGUUCACCUGCAAGAGCCUUCAUGCACUGACCCAUCUACCGGAACCAUCAGAAUUCCAGGUCACCCAGGUGGUCAGUUUGAUCCAUUCCGACGUCCAUGACGACUCUGUCCUGAGGGCCAUCAAUCACCUAUCUUCAACGGUCAUCCAUGUAUCGGCCAACAUGUCCAUAGCUCCGCUGGACAGAGAGCCCAUGGGCUAUUGUGAUAUCCAACACAAGAGACCAUCCGGGAAGGUCUUGCAAAAGAGAGAAGGCUAUAGUAUAGGAGACAGCUAUCAACUCAUCACAUUCCUUGGUUUACCAAGUACUAACACGACGGAGCCAGACCAACAGCCCGAUCCAACAGCUAAUUUGACCUUCAACUUGACCUUGAGUGAAUCGGAGAAGAAGGCCAGGGAGAAUGUUGUCUUGCCAUUUACCAAAGUAUCUAACAACUCAACAACUGGAUCAGGUCAAAUCUUUUACGAGCCCGAUCAGGCUGAUGACUACGAUGACGAAGAUCCGGACGACGAUCUCGACAUCUAGGUCAUCGACCACGGACUGCUCCCCAGUUUGAUCCUUCCUGAAGAAUAGUUGCAAUAAUUCCUGCCAAGUUUGUCUUCUCAGAAAGGGUAUUUCUUAAUUAUUUUGUUUUAACAGCUGCAGAAUUCCCCUAUAAACGUCCUGUUCCCCCAGCCGUACUCCAACCCUGAGGGCUGAAAUUUAUAUUAAAUCCAACAAUAAUUUAGGGUGAAGGGUUGAAUUGUAGAUGUAAGUUGGUGGUGAUGGCAAAAUGAUUGCUUUAGUUAAUAACAGUAUUGAUGGUGAUAGUGUAAAUGUGAUGAUGAUGAUCAUGGGCGGAAAUCCCAGGGGGACACGUCCCCCUACCCAAAAUAGUAGGGGGACACAAUGUCAAAUGUCCCCCCUCUACUAUUUGCGGUCUUUUAUAAUGGAAAGAAGUAC